GUAGCUAUUUUUAUCAUGAAAAACAAUUCUUGCAGGAGCGGCCGGAUGUCCCAAGUGACCUCGUGGGGAGAUACCGCCCCCAGCCAGUCCUAUCAGCAACAUUUUUGUGGAAUUAAGGAAUUGUGUUCCAGACGUCUGUGGGAACAAGGCCUGAAAAUCUUCUCCUGGUCCUCAGGACCUUUGACAUUUCUCGAUCGGGAAUCUGAUUAGCUGCUAUGGCAACUUCUUCCCCUCUCCCCUCCAAUCUCUGUGUCCUGACAUGGCAGCCAUCUUCUUCUAGUCUCCUCAACAUCCACCAUCAAAACAUCCACCAAAGAAGAUCUGAUUGCAAUGAGGACUCUGCAAUGUGUCUGCAGGAAUCUCUGCCAGACGAAUCCUGAGUUCCUGGAGAAACCGGAGCAGCGGACAAGGGGGGGCAAAAAUCUCUGACAUACCCGGCAGAGGAGUAAAAGGAACAAGGCGAACGGCAAACACAAGACAGGAUCAACACAUGAAAAGAGCGGGGGGUCUCCAAACCGAGGAAGACACACGUCAAAGCGGAGAGGAUAAUCUCCUGGCUUGCCAUGGUGGCGAUGCCUUAAAGGGCCCGGCAAGAGUAGAUGAUGUUCCAGCUGUCUUCAAAGGCCUCAAUGAAAAGCAGAUGAGAUCUGAAGGAAAUUGUCCUCCAGCGGCAUGGUUUGGAUGGUGAUUGAACUCACGCAGCCUACUCUUGUUAGUGAACACACAGCUGCCCCAGGGCAAAUGGCUGCUUCAUUAGAAAAUAAAAGUUGGAUUCUAAUAUGAAAGGCCGAGGAGCCAUCCUCAUCUGUGCACACUAUCAUGGGUACGCACAAGUCAAGUAAAAAUAUCAUGCUAAAACAUUAAUUUCUCCAUGGGAGCCAAUCACAACCUCAAGAAAUGGAUCCUAGGGGGUGGUACAUGAUCAAAGCCAAAAUGACCGUGAUGCAUCUCCCGGUGGUCGUCAUCUUGGCAUCUGUUGUGUCUGUUGAUGCUGCAGCACCAAGAACAUUUCUAUGGCAGGAAGUCGGCAAUCCCUCAUGCGUCCGCUGUUGUGAAGCCUCGGAGGAGCCUGCAGAGCCCCCCAAGAAGAGCAGAAUAAAGGAAUAUGUUGUCUACCCUAUGCCAAGAGUCCAGCCUCGUAUAGAGAUGACUAUUCUAAAAGGUGAAAAGGGUGAAAUGGGUGGAAAAGGGCCUCCAGGAGUCUCAGGAAAGGAAGGGGAACGAGGAUCACUCGGACCACAAGGCUUCAAGGGUCAAAAGGGUCAAACGGGUCCAUCAGGGAAUUCAUGCAAGAUCCAAUAUGCAGCAUUUUCCGUGGCCCGUCGUAAAUCCAUACACAGUACUGAAUAUUUCCAAAAUGUUGUAUUCGACACAGUGUUCGUGAACUUGUACGAGCACUUCAACAUGUUCUCGGGAACCUUCAUCUGCUACAUUCCUGGGAUCUAUUUCUUUAACCUUAAUGUACAUACAUGGAACUUAAAGGAGACCUAUCUACAUAUCAUGAAGAACAGUGAAGAGAUAGCCAUUUUGUACGCACAACCCAGUGACCGCAGUAUCAUGCAAAGUCAAAGUCUUAUGCUCCAUCUGAAGGACAGGGAUGAGGUCUGGGUGCGGAUGUUCAAAAGGGAACGAGAGAACGCAUUAUAUAAUGAUGAGACUGAUGUCUACAUUAUUUUUAAUGGCUACCUGGUCAAGGCAAUGGAUGACUAAGUAUUUAUAGCCCGCUGCACCCAAAGUACCAUAAGCCUCCAUGUUGGGAGAGACCCAAAGACCAAAAUUUGUACUCAAAGUCUGAAGCUUGAGUAAUAUUAUCUGCCAAAUAAAUACUCUUAUUGAGACACUUGUAAAGUAAUAAAUAUCUUAUCAAAAU